GGGAACCGCUGGCCGCGGAAGCGAUGGGCAUAGUUGUGACUUAUUUUCAGCACUGUCGCCCAGACAGUGGCGCGAUCUCAGCUCACUGCAGUCCCCGCCUGCCGGGCUCCCAAGGUGCUGGGAUUACAGCACCACCGCGGAUGUGACGUUUGUUGUUCCUGUGAACGUGGGGCGGGGCGGGGCCGUUUGCUUGCUCAGUGCCAAGACGAUGGUGGUGGAAAGACGCUUCUGUGGGUUAGGUCCUAACGGUUAAGGAAGGAUUCACAGGCGGGUCAUGAGGAAGGAGCAGGCCCCUCGGGCAGAAGCCCGCGAGGAGCACUGGGUGUGGUGGGGGCAAGGGUGCCUCCUCUGUCAUGUGGAGAUCGGCGCCUCGCUCGUGCCUGCGAGUGCGCGCCGCGUCGAAUACAGGCGUACAGAAAGCACUACAGGAAAGUGAAGCAGGGAGAGAGACCGGGAGGCGGCGCGGGGACUGGGGGCCGUAGACGCCUUUGCUCCCGGGCACUUGUUAGAAGAGUGAGUGGACCGCGCUUCCUGUGCGUCACUGAAUCCUCAUGACGGCCACUGAAACGGACACGCAGGAUCUUUGCUUUUCAAGAGGGAACUGAGUCCGGGCCAGACUGGGUUGCUCCCCUUUCUGUCGGCCCCUCACGGCCCUCCACCUUUGCAAGUGCUGCUCCUUCUGCCUGGAGUGGCUCCAGUCUUUUCCCGGCUCACUUCCCACCGUCCGGUGUCAGCAAAAACGGCACUUCCUCACAGCCCGUUGCAGCCUAGUAGUCGCCUUUUGCUUCCUUUGAAGCACAGCCCUGUGACCGCCUCAUGUCCUUUUGUUUUUCCUUGUCUCCCUUCCCCUCUGGAACAUAAGCUCCACAAAGGCAGGGACCUGGGAAUCCCGUUCGCCUGCAUUCCCCAGCAAACGCCUAACGAAUCCAAUGGCCUGGGACCGAAAAGUCCUUUCCACUUCGGCUUUCCCCUCUACAUCCCAUCGGUUCUGUGGAGCUCGAGGGGCGUCACUGUGUGUGUGGCAGGGCACGGUGGGGGCUGAGAUCCUUUCCUGUUGGAAAUUCUGGCCCAAGAAGCGCGGGUCACAAGGAAAGGGGUCAGUUCGGUUCAGGGCGACUCAGCCCCCCGACUUGGGUCUUAAAACCUCCGAGCCGCCCGCGCUGCCUCAGGCCGCGCCCCCUUAAAGCGCCACCAGACGCCGCGCCCCGUCCCGGCCUCCCCCGCGCGCUGGCGCGAGGCUUUCUGGGCCAGGGCGGGGCCGGCGAACUGCGGCCCGGAACGGCUGAGAAAGGGCCCGGAACGGCUGAGAAAGGGCCCGGCCCGCCUUCCCCGCGCCGGGUCCCGGUCGCGCCAUGGAGCCCCGGGCGGUUGCAGAAGCCGUGGAGACGGGGAAGGAGGAUGUGAUUAUGGAAGCUCUGCGGUCAUACAACCAGGAGCACUCCCAGAGCUUCACGUUUGAUGAUGCCCAACAGGAGGACCGGAAGAGACUGGCGGAGCUGCUGGUCUCCGUCCUGGAACAGGGCUUGCCACCCUCCCACCGUGUCACCUGGCUGCAGAGUGUCCGAAUCCUGUCCCGGGACCGCAACUGCCUGGACCCGUUCACCAGCCGCCAGAGCCUGCAGGCACUGGCCUGCUAUGCCGACAUCUCUGUCUCUGAGGGGUCCAUCCCAGGGUCCCCAGACAUGGAUGUUGUACUGGAGUCCCUCAAGUGCCUGUGCAACCUCGUGCUCAGCAGCCCCGUGGCACAGAUGCUGGCAGCAGAGGCCCGCCUAGUGGUGAAGCUCACAGAGCGUGUGGGACUGUACCGUGAGAGGAGCUUCCCCCACGAUGUCCAGUUCUUUGACUUGAGGCUCCUCUUCCUGCUAACGGCACUCCGCACCGAUGUGCGCCAGCAGCUGUUUCAGGAGCUGAAAGGAGUGCGUCUGCUGACUGACACACUUGAGCUGACGCUGGGGGUGACUCCUGAAGGGAACCCACCCAAGCUCCUUCCUUCCCAAGAGACUGAGCGGGCCAUGGAGAUCCUCAAAGUGCUCUUCAACAUCACUCUCGACUCUAUCAAGGGGGAGGUGGACGAGGAAGACACUGCCCUUUACCGACACCUGGGGACCCUUCUCCGGCACUGUGUGAUGAUUGCUACUGCUGGAGACCGCACAGAGGAGUUCCAUGGCCACGCAGUGAACCUCCUGGGGAACUUGCCCCUCAAGUGUCUGGAUGUUCUCCUCACCCUGGAGCCACAUGGAGACUCCAUGGAGUUCAUGGGAGUGAAUAUGGAUGUGAUUUGUGCCCUCGUCAUCUUCCUAGAGAAGCGUUUGCACCAGACACACAGGCUGAAGGAGAGUGUAGCUCCCGUGCUGAGCGUACUGACUGAAUGUGCCCGGAUGCACCGCCCAGCCAGGAAGUUCCUGAAGGCCCAGGUGCUGCCCCCUCUGCGGGAUGUGAGGACACGGCCUGAGGUUGGGGAGAUGCUGCGGAACAAGCUUGUCCGCCUCAUGACACACCUGGACACGGAUGUGAAGAGGGUGGCUGCCGAGUUCUUGUUUGUCCUGUGCUCUGAGAGUGUGCCCCGAUUCAUCAAGUACACAGGCUAUGGGAAUGCUGCUGGCCUUCUGGCUGCCAGGGGCCUCAUGGCGGGAGGCCGGCCCGAGGGCCAGUACUCGGAGGAUGAGGACACAGACACAGAUGAGUACAAGGAAGCCAAGGCCAGCAUAAACCCAGUGACCGGGAGGGUGGAGGAGAAGCCGCCUAACCCUAUGGAGGGCAUGACGGAGGAGCAGAAGGAGCACGAGGCCAUGAAGCUGGUGACCAUGUUUGACAAGCUCUCCAGGAUGCCAUGUGCGAGACUAUGGAGCAGCAGCUCUCCUCGGACCCUGACUCGGACCCUGACUGAGGAUGACAGCUCUUGUGCUCCCCCAUCAGAACUGGUGCUGCUUCCAGAGACUUCCUUGGGGUUGCAACCGGGGGAAGCCACAUCCCACUGGCUCCACACCCGCUCCCACUUCUCCAUCUUAGAAACCCCUUCUCUUUACUUCCAAGGUUCUAUUCAUGAUUUGCCUCUGGUCCAGCUUCUUAUCUCUGGACUGCAAUGGUCUUCUUGUGUUAGAACUCAGGGCUCAGCCUUGAAUUCCACAGACGAAUACUUUCUUUUGUCUGCGCCAAGAGGAAUGUGUUUGGAAGCUGCUGCCUGAGGGCAGGGUCUACCUGGGCACACAGAAGAGCAUAUGGGAGGGCAGGGGGUUGGGUGUGGGUGUGUACAAAGCAAGCACAUCUGGGAUUGGCAUGCUGGCAGAGCCAGUGUGUUGGGGCAUGUGCUGCACUUCCCAGGGAGAAAACCUGCCAGAACUUUCCAUUCGAGUAUGUCAGAACACACUUCCGAGGUAUGUAUGCUCUGUUGUUUCUGUCCUGUCUUCACUAAGCGCAGGGCUGGAGGCCUCUUAGACAUUCUCCUUGGUCCUCGUUCAGCUGCCCACUGUAGUAUCCACAGUGCCCGAGUUCUCGCUGGUUUUGGCAAUUAAACCUCCUUCCUACUGGUUUAGACUACACUUACAACAAGGAAAAUGCCCCUCGUGUGACCAUAGAUUGAGAUUUAUACCACAUACCACACAUAGCCACAGAAACAUCAUCUUGAAAUAAAGAAGAGUUUUGG